CUAUUAUAAAGGAAAUCCGAAUGACAAAUCAUCGUUAGCACUUGUCUUGGAUGUAGUUGGUCUAUUGCACAAGGUUUUUGCGUUAGCGUGUGAAAGGUAUAUAAAGAUUUAUAAUGCCAAUAACGAAUGCUAAUGUGUAAUAUAUAUCAUCAAUGAAUAGUUGGUAAUAUUGAUUAACUACAUUAUUUUGCAACCAUUGAAGAUGCAAUGUAACCAUCAGAACUGAAAAAAAGAUAAAAUAUUCCACAAAAUGCAGGUUAACAGGACUUACUUGAGUUUUGAAGACAUUGUGGAGUACAUUCUACCAACCUCCAUUUUUCGGAUAUUCCGAAAUUUAAAGAGAAUCUACAAAGCAACGAAGUUUCUUGCCGAUGCGUUUAUUAUAAAUCUAAUCAUGAUGUUAUUUCGGAAGAACGAUAAAGCGAAGGAUUUAUACAGAAAAGUUUGGAAAAGAAAAAAUUCUAAUGAAGAAUGCAAAGAUGAAGAUGCAAAACUUUCCAGUAUUCGUCCUUUCAAAAUCAGUGUCCUGGAUUCCGUUUUGGAUGACUUGAAAUCAAGACUAGAAACAACUCGAUUUAGUGCUUCUUCAACAAACUCCAAUUUUAAUAAUGGAUUAAGCACAGUACACCUGAAAAAAUUUAUAGAUUAUUGGAAGACUGAGUUCGAUUGGAGAAAGCAGGAACAAGAACUGAACAAAUGCCCGCAGUUUAAAACAAGAAUCGAAAAUAUUGAUAUACAUUUUCUACAUUUUAAAGUUAAUCAGAGGCAUGAUACAAAGGUAAAACUGAUUCCUCUUCUUCUCAUCCACAACUGGCCUGGAUCCUUUGCAGAUUUCCAUAAGGUUAUACCUAUCUUACAAGCCUCCUGCUUGAACCAGGAAUUCGUUUUUGAAAUUGUAUGCCCUUCUCUUCCAGGUUGUGGAUUUUCUGAAGCACCGCUUCAAACAGAUUUUCAAGCAAUAAACUUGUCUCAAAUUCUGCUGGCUCUGAUGGAUAGAUUAGGAUAUAAAGAAUUCUACGUCCAUGGCUAUGGUUGGGGAGCACUUACUGCUUCUCUGAUGGCACGUUAUUAUCCAUACAAUGUAAAAGGCAUGCAUGUAAACAUGUGCUUCGCUCUACCGAAUCUUUUAGAUUCAUUCAUCAAAACAUUGGUCGUAUCCAUAUGCCCAAUUUUCAUCAAUUCAGCUGAACACGAUAUCCUCUUCCCUUUGAAAAAGAAAUUGCGAACGUUGCUUCAAGAAACCGGAUUCUUGCACAUGCAGUGUACAAAACCCGAUACUUUAGGAUGUGCUGUAACUGACAGUCCCACAGCACUGGCAAUUCACGUCUUAGAGAAAUUUCUCUUCAAAAAGAAUUCGCAUCAUUCACAACCGCAAGAAGGCGAUUUAAAAGGAAAAUUCUUUGAUGAUCUUCUAACACUUAUCACUAUAAUAUGGGUGAGCGAUCAUUUCGGAAACGGAGCAAGAUUCCUUAAGGAGAGCAUAUCUGCUGUAUUGCAAAGGAAGCAUGAAAAUGGAUUACCUUUGACUGUGCCUUGUGGAAUUGCCUUUUUCCCUGAUGAAAUAUUCAUGCUUCCCAAAUAUAUGAUGGAAAACAUGGUAGAAGAUCUAGCGUCCUACACUAUUAUGCCUAGAGGAGGACACUUUGCAGCCUUGGAGGAACCUCAGUUACUCGCUCAAGAUAUUUUGAAAUUUAUACAAUUAAUAGAAAAUCGAUCUUCUAAAAAAUUUAAAAAAUAAAUAAAUAAAUAACUUCAAACAAAAAAAGAAAAAUACACAUUGCCGAUGGUAUCUGCUAUUACUAGUGGCAAUGCUUUUCUUUUCAUUUAUAUAUAUAUAUGGACAUAGAUUUAAAAAUGUGUUGAUUUCUAACUUUAUGCAUUUUAAUGUUUGUUACGUAAAGGAAAUAUGUUCAAUAUCCUUUAUCUUUAGUAUCUUAGUACUUUUCUUAGUAUUAUCUUAGUACUUUUCUAUAGUAUCUUAGUAUUUUUUCUAUCUUUAUCUUACUACUUUUUCUAUAGUAUUAUUUAAGCUUUUGUUUAUCA